UCUGUUUCUCCCAAAUAUCGAUUCUGACUCUGUCCUGGCUCCUUGCUGCCUGCUCUGUCCAUAUAAAAUGGGGACAUGAACCCUCUUGCCUCUGGCCCUGUUCAAGUUAUGGGGGAAAAUUUGCUUUAGAGCCCUGGGCUCUAUGUCACUGCCAUGGUGUUCUUGGGGGUGACCUCACUGACUCUGGGCAUCCCCUCCCGAGCUGGCUCACAGCCUGUCGGCACUGAUGCCAUGGUCCUGGGUCCCCUGUCCGUUCCGGCUUCUCAUCCUGAAAGGAGGAGAUAAUUUGGGGGCUGAGGGGAGGGAGGUCUGGGGAGAGGGCAGCGGCAGGAUGGUAGAUUCCCUCCCUCAGCUAAGGUGAGGAAGGGCUGAGAGCAGGGAGCCUUGUUGUGGAGCAGGACCCCCCCCCCCCCAGGGCACCGGUGUGGAGUAACAGGAAGCGGCCUCUGGAGCUCUUACAGGCUGACAAAGGAGGUGAUGAAAAGAGCCCAGUUUGUGUGCCCAUUUCCCGUGUCCUGGUCUUCCCAGGCCUCUCUCCUCAUGCCCUAAACCCAGCCUCAAACUCCCUGACAGUAUACCAAUAGCUCCGGGGUCACGGAACAAAAUAACAGGGGGAUUAGGGAGCUCAAGAAUCCCUAAUCCCAAACUUUGUAUUUAGGAUUUAAUUUCCUCCCUGAUCUUCCAGGGGACCCAUAAGUGGCUUUGAGGGACUUUUCAAGGUGGUUUGUGGUAGGGGUGGGGAGACAUAAUCUAUAAGAGGAAGCAAGUGGGCAUACUGAUAGACAAUCCAAGAGCAAGAUGUCAGGGGAUGAGGAGUUCUACCUGUUUAAGAACAUCUCGCCGGUGGGCCCAUGGGAUGGCCCCCAGUACCACAUUGCUCCGGCCUGGGCCUUCCACUUGCAGACGGCUUUCAUGGGCUUUGUCUUCUUCGCAGGGACGCCCCUCAAUGGCGUGGUGCUCAUUGCCACACUUCGCUACAAGAAGCUGCGCCAGCCACUCAACUACAUCCUGGUCAACAUCUCUUUGGCCGGUUUCAUCUUCUGUGUCUUCUCUGUCUUCACGGUCUUUGUGUCUAGCUCCCAAGGCUACUUCGUCUUUGGCCGCCAUGUCUGUGCGAUGGAGGGCUUCCUGGGCUCUGUGGCAGGUUUGGUGACGGGCUGGUCACUGGCCUUCCUUGCCUUUGAGCGCUUCAUUGUCAUCUGUAAACCUUUUGGCAACUUCCGCUUCCAUUCCAAGCAUGCAACGAUGGUGGUCCUGGCUACUUGGGUCAUCGGCAUUGGGGUUUCCAUCCCACCCUUCUUUGGCUGGAGCCGGUAUAUUCCCGAAGGCCUGCAGUGCUCCUGUGGCCCUGACUGGUACACAGUAGGCACAAAAUACCGCAGCGAAUACUACACGUGGUUCCUCUUCAUUUUCUGUUUCAUUGUGCCUCUCUCCCUCAUCUGCUUCUCCUACUCGCAGCUGCUGGGAGCCCUCCGAGCCGUUGCAGCCCAGCAACAAGAGUCAGCCACCACACAGAAAGCAGAGCGGGAGGUGAGUCGCAUGGUGGUGGUGAUGGUGGGCUCCUUCUGCCUCUGCUAUGUGCCCUAUGCCGCCCUGGCCAUGUACAUGGUCAACAAUAGGAACCACGGGCUGGACCUACGGCUUGUCACCAUCCCUGCCUUCUUCUCUAAGAGUGCUUGCGUCUACAACCCCAUCAUCUACUGCUUCAUGAACAAGCAGUUCCAUGCCUGCAUCAUGGAGAUGAUAUGUAAAAAGCCAAUGACAGAUGAUUCUGAAACAACCAGCUCUCAGAAAACUGAAGUCUCCACUGUUUCCUCAAGCCAAGUUGGGCCUAGUUAAGGGACCUCAUAGAGACCCUUCACCAACCAGAUCAACUUGCCUGGGUUUGUCUUCUGUUCAAUUCUUAGAAGAUGAUGGCCAUAUGUGGGCAAGUCUGCAGUAGGUAUUCAGUAUCAUUUUUCUCCAAAUCCUUUCUGCCCUCAUCUUAAUGAAAUGUUAAUAGCUCUUCUUGAUUUGUUGCCUCCCUAAACUAGUGGUUAUCUCAGACUGUAUCGAUGUAGCUUCUGUUCUGAAACAAUUUUCACAUGGACUCUGAAGGAAUUAUUUUCAUGUAGUUUGAUCACUGUAUCCUGAAAUAAUUUUUCCUCCUCUACCUUUACAAGGCCUUGAAAAAUUAGGUCAGAUCCAUAUAUGCAAAAAUGUUUGUGGCAGCCCUUUUUAUUGCGACAAGAAACUGAAU